AUGGGAGAUUAACCAUUUUUCAGUUUCCUACGAUGAUAUGGAUAACUUUGUUUGAAUUCGCCAAAACCUUAUUAUCUAUGAAUCUAUCUGAUUUAGGUACUUGAAUUCAAAUACGAAUGGAACUUCUGCAACGGCAAGUACUAGCACAUUAACAACACAAGGUCGACCUUUGGCAGUUCCUGCCUCCAGGAGGGGUAGGAGGCAAACGAGAAACGAUGGCGCUCAGGACAUGGAUCCUGGAACCUCUUCAACGGCGACACGUCCUAGUCGUGGACGUGGGUCUCGCGGUCGUCCGCGAGGAUCUAGAGUUGACUCUCGUGGGAAUCGCUCUGCAAGUACGAACUUAUCCACGGAUGUCAGCAACACGGCACCAAGAGUGUGUGUCUGCGGUAUAAAUGCCGUACAAAGAACUGUGCUGAAGGAAGGUCCUAACAAGGGAAAGAAAUUCUGGUGCUGCUCCAAACCAAUGGGACAACCCGAUAAGUGCAACUUUUUUGAAUGGGUGGUAUAG